AUGUCACACACGUUCCUGCGUUCUCGCCACCUGCUGCGGUCACUAGCGGCCCCGACGGCUUUUCUCGCCGUGUCAUCUGCUCGGUUAGAAUCUACAGAAUCUACAGAACCUGAAGCAAAUGCGUCGCCUGCUGUGGACUUUAUUGGCGUCUUUGUAGAGAAAGAGUCGGCUGCACGAUUGCGCCAGCAAUAUCCGAGCAAGUUUAAAGGCGAAGAUAACGAGCCAUUGGUGGUUGUACUGCAAUUUCAGCCCACGUUUCAGGAACAGGAGGCGUUUGCUCCUAUUUUAGGCCUUUCAGCUAGUCUGCACGUCCAGGGACUGGCUGAGGAUGACCAUAUUCAGACGGUGUUGGUAGCUGUCACGACGGAGACGGGUGAGUCACUCGAGUAUGAAGGUGCAGCAGAGCCCGCACAUUUGACGCUAUCGACGUCAGCUGGAGGACUCAGUACUGGUUACUCCAGCGUACUGCUGGAGCGUCUACGUGCCAGCGACAAGCUCCGCUACCUGCUAGACGACGAGGAGACGACACCACAAUGGACGGGCGAGCUGCCGGCCUUCGAUUCGAAACAUCUGCCGCUGUUCAGCCCUUUUCCAGCCGUGAAGGCCACAGUUACCAAGCUGGAGUCGAAGCAGAGCAAGGAGCUGGCACUGCAGGGCACUGUGUGUCUAUCUUCUCGCUUUGACUCAGCUACUAGGGAGUGCACGGCACCGAAGGCAGAGUGCGGCUUUUGCAAGUUCAUGAAGGCAGGUCCAUGCGGCAAAGAGUUCACGGCCUGGGAGGCCUGUCUGGAUCAUUGUAAAAAGAGCGGGGAAGAUUUUAUUGAACAGUGCGGACCUCAGACCUUGAGACUCCGGGACUGUGUCGAUGCUAACCCGGAGUACUACCACGUGCUGCACGACAGCCCUGAGGAAGAGGACAAGGAAAAGGACGUUGAGGAGAUAAAGUCUGAGACGAAAGACAAGAAGUGA